GCUAUCCCUUUAAUUCUCAGGACAACCUCUGAAGUCUAUUCUGUUUCUCACAAAUGAGGAAGCUAAGACUCAGAGAAGUUACUUGGCCAAGGCUGCACAGUGAGUAAGUGGCUGAGCCAGGACUGGAGCCCAAGCCCAUCUCCCGAGCCCCCAUUCCCAAGCACUCAGCACCGGAAACUCCACUAAGGCAGGGCUAUGGCUACCAUAUCGCCAGCGGGGUCCACCGUCAGGAUUCACCAAGUAAGGAAAGAAGACCACACAGCCUGCCCCCGAAAUUAGCUUCACUCACAGAGAACCACCAUUGCCAGUAAGAACUGUCAUAAGGAACCACACUGCACUGAAAUCCACAACACUGCCACAGAAAAGCUUACAGAGAAACUCCCCCAACGCCUCAAGGGGACUUACAUGGGUGUCUAGACUUCCAGGAUGAGCAAGGACCAUACAAAUUGAGAAAAUAUGAAGCAAGAGGGUCAUCUUUCAAGUUUAAAGAACCAAAGAUGUUCCAUCACAAGAACCAUGUCAAUUGCAGUUUCUUAGAUCCCAACAGCUGAACUCAUUGGAGUCAAAGUAUAAAAAAGAAAAAAUUAAAAGUAGAAAAUGACAGUAUUAGAGGAAAAGGUGAGAAAAGAUAUGGGAAGCUAGAUGCAGACGAAGAGAAUUGUAGGACAUAAGUAUUAGAGAAACGGAAGUAACAGGGGGGAGGUGAGACCCAGAAAGAGUGAGCGUGGGAAAGAGGGAGAGGGAGAAAGGGAUUAGGGAGGAGAUGAAGAGACAGAGUGUAGGAGGGAAAAAGACAGAAGGAAGAGCUCACCACAGGAUGAGGUUGGUCAUUUCCUAAAAGAAAAUGUGCCCCGAGGCUAGACAGUUGACUAAACACUUGGAAAUGAUAGCAUAGUCAUCUUAACUUCCUCUUCUGACCGAAAAACAACUGGUCUCAGAAUGGCCCAACUCUGAAAUUAAUCUGAGAUGCUAUUUCAGCUCCUCAGUUCAACCGCCCUGGAUGGCAGGUUCCCAUCAUUUACCAGAUGCAGAAACUUGAGCAACUUACCUAACUUCUCUGUGCCUCAGUUUCUUCUUCUGAAGAGUGGAGAUCAUAACAGGACCACCUCAUAGAACUGGGUUGAAGGUUAAAUGAAAUUAAAAAGUAAAGCACCUAUUAUAAUGCCUGGCACACAAAGAUGAAAGUUCAAUUUAGUACUGGCUCUCUUCCAAGGUCCCAAGAGUGCAGCAGCCUUGGCCCUCCAUCACUUGAGACCCUGGGCUCCCAAGGCCAACCAGCAGGGGUAGGAAUGAUCUUCAGCCUGCAGACUCAGCCUCUGCUCGGUUUCUGAUCUAGCCAGUGUUUUAGCUUCAGGCUCCCCGCUACCAGUCUACCAUGGUCUAAUGCAGAGGUUCAUGAGGCUAGAACCUUCCAUGUCUGCUAAGCUGAGCUGCCUCCAUGACCAGUCCUGUCAUGAUCACCUGGUCUUCAUGGCUGACCUUCAGCACAGUCUCUUGGCUCAUACACUAGCACUGGAUUUUCACCCUGAACUCCAGACUACCCAGCCAGGGGAUGCUAUCCCCAGCCCUUACCAGUUCUGGCCAGGGUUCCGAGGCUCCAGACAAUGCUAAAGCUACCUUCACCUCCUGUUCCCCAGCCUCAGGCUUCUCUGCAUCUCCGACCGCUUCGCUUCCACCCUCCUUGUAUCAGCACAAGGGAUCCAGCCCCACAGCCAGGUUGCGCCCUAAGCCCUUAGUCUGAAAACUGUCUGCCCGCUGUUGAACAUGCCGGCGCCCAAGCCUCGCCCCGUGAGCACGCAGCUGUCUAGAGCCGAUGAGAAGCAGCAGCGGCCAGCCUCGUGGGCACCACGCUGCCCUACAGCCCAACCUGCAGCAGGGAGCGCACACCCACCGACGGCAUGUCCACAGGCUGGAGCUGAACAAUACGGGCUUUAACGCUUUCCAAAGCUGCCCACCCACGGUCCGCUCACCCACCAGCCCAAGCAGUCCACUGCCCUGGGGAUCCUAGCGGAGGAGAGGCGGUGGGCAGAGGCCGUGGCCAGGGCUGGCGACAGCCCCCAGGGGGACACGUGUUUCCCCGCUGGGGAGAAAAGGGUGCAGCCACCUGCUUGGCGCAGCCAGGAGCAGCAGCUAGAGUGCAUGCCUAAGAGGGUGUCCCUGAAGGAGCAGCCGGAGAGGGAUGUCUUCCUCCACACGGUCUUCAGGAAAGCAGCAGCCGCGAGCGAAGAUGACGCAGUCUCCGGGACAGACCGGGCAGAGCGGCGCGGGGGGCUGCGGUGGGCAGGAGCGACAUCCGAUUUAACUUCCAGGAAUGGGGUCUCCAACACCGUGCUGCGCGGCUUGUGCAUCAGGGACCUGCGUUGGCCCAAGCCCCAUAUCCACGCCAGACGCCCCCAACCACGUCACAUGUCCCGGAUCCACGCCGGAUGCUCCGGAGUCCACGUCAGGUACACCCCCAUCAAUGCUGAUCGCCGCAGAAUCCUCAAUCCACGCUGGAUGCCCCUGAUCCAUAUCGGAUGCCCGAGAGCUAUCCCAGACAUCCUAGGACCACACCAGACCCCCCGGAUCCACACCAGACACCCUGGAGCCACGCCAGAAGCCCAGGAACCAGGACAGAUGCUCUGGGAUCCAUGCCGAACACCCCAGACUCAUGGAGUACACCCUGGGGUUCAUGCCCGAGGCUCCGGGUCCACAUGGGACACCCCUGAUCCAUAUCAGAACCCUGCAUCUGAGCACACCCCGGGGCUUACACUGAACGCGGUGGCCUUGCCUUCUCUCUACUAGAAUAGGUACAGAAGUACAGACACCCUCAACAAAUCUUUAUUUAAGUCACACCUUUCAAAAU